CAAGUUAGCGAAGGCUUCCAAGCUAGGCUACAUGCUACCGUAUGCUACAUGCUACCGUAUGCUACUCGCGGCGCUAUCCCGCUAAAAGUCAACAGCACACCCUACGCGCUCAUUGCUCCCGGUUGCCGGGUUGUAUUACUCAGGGGGGCGGUCUGUUAAAAGUAGCUCCGCUCUCCACCAACCGAAGAAGAUGUUUUCCGGGUCAGCGCCGAUUGGAUGACGUUACUCUGAGUUUCUGCUUCAGUUUCAUCACCACAUCCACAAACAGACGGAAGUGUGUGUCAUACUGUGCCUUUACCUGUCAGCUCACCUGCUGAUUCUCUGACCCAUCAGUAGGGGGGCUCCCCUCCACACACACAUCUGUUUUAACACACACGGGUUAGCUUGAGCCGCCAUCAUGGUGUUAGCCGACCUGGGGAGGAAGAUCACCUCCGCGCUGAGGUCGCUCAGCAACGCCACCAUCAUCAAUGAGGAGGUGCUGAACGCCAUGCUAAAGGAGGUGUGUGCCGCUCUGCUGGAGGCCGACGUCAACAUCAAGCUGGUCAAACAGCUCCGAGAGAACGUCAAGGCUGCCAUAGAUCUGGAGGAGAUGGCCUCCGGGCUGAACAAGAGGAGGAUGAUCCAGCACUCCGUCUUCAAGGAGCUCGUCAAGCUGGUGGACCCCGGUGUGAAGGCCUGGACCCCGACCAAAGGAAAGAACAAUGUCAUCAUGUUUGUGGGUCUGCAGGGCAGCGGGAAGACCACUACCUGCUCCAAGCUUGCCUACUACUACCAGAGGAAAGGCUGGAAGACCUGCCUCAUCUGUGCCGACACCUUCCGAGCAGGUGCCUUCGAUCAGCUGAAGCAGAAUGCCACUAAAGCCAGGAUCCCAUUCUACGGCAGCUACACGGAGAUGGACCCAGUAGUGAUCGCUGCAGAGGGCGUGGAGAAGUUCAAGGGAGAGAACUUCGAGAUCAUCAUCGUGGACACGAGCGGCCGGCACAAGCAGGAGGACUCGCUGUUCGAGGAGAUGCUGCAGGUGUCCAACGCUGUGCAACCGGACAACAUCGUGUACGUGAUGGACGCGUCGAUCGGACAGGCCUGCGAGUCUCAGGCGAAGGCGUUCAAAGACAAGGUGGACAUCGCGUCCGUCAUCGUCACCAAGCUAGAUGGACAUGCGAAAGGGGGAGGAGCUCUGAGCGCCGUGGCGGCGACCCGGAGUCCCAUCAUCUUCAUCGGUACCGGAGAACACAUCGACGACUUCGAGCCGUUCAAGACACAACCGUUCAUCAGCAAGCUGCUGGGGAUGGGGGACAUCGAGGGUCUUAUCGACAGAGUGAACGAGCUGAAGCUGGACGACAAUGAGGAGCUGAUCGACAAACUGAAGCACGGUCAGUUCACUCUCAGAGACAUGUACGAGCAGUUCCAGAACAUCAUGAAGAUGGGGCCCUUCGGACAGAUCAUGGGGAUGAUCCCUGGCUUCGGGACAGACUUCAUGAGUAAAGGGAACGAGCAGGAGUCGAUGGCCCGGCUGAAGAAGCUGAUGACCAUCAUGGACAGCAUGAACGACCAGGAGCUGGACAGCAAGGACGGGGCCAAACUCUUCAGUAAGACGCCCAACAGGAUCCAGAGGGUGGCCCGGGGUUCUGGGGUCUCCACCCGAGACGUGCAGGAGCUCCUCACCCAGUACACCAAGUUCGCCCAGAUGGUGAAGAAGAUGGGCGGCAUCAAGGGGCUCUUCAAAGGGGGAGACAUGUCCAAGAACGUGAACCCAUCUCAGAUGGCCAAACUGAACCAGCAGAUGGCCAAGAUGAUGGACCCCCGCGUCCUGCACCACAUGGGUGGGAUGGCGGGACUGCAGUCCAUGAUGCGUCAGUUCCAGCAGGGCGCGGCCGGCAACAUGAAAGGCAUGAUGGGAUUCAACAACAUGUGACCGACCACCAAUCAGAUGCCUUUAAACAGAUGACCGUAAAGCUCUGCCUCCUGGCAGGUACAGGUGGAGGGGGCGGGGCUUAGAGAGGAAUUGCAAAGAGACAAAAUAAAGCUUCUUUAGAAACAGAUGUGAAGGAGCAGCAUGUCACUUAUAUGAUGAUCACAUGUUGUACUGCUCCUUCACAUGAGGAGGAGGAGGAGGAGUGUUUCUGGGCCUCGUUAAUUUAAUUCUAUAUAAGAUGUUUGUGUAUAAGAUUUAAACGGAGAGUCUGUCCCGAUUGGACGAGGAGACGUCACAUGAUGGUCAGGAUUAUGGUGAUGAUGGUGAUGAAGAUGACAUUAGUUAGUGACAGUAUUUUUGUCCGAUAAUAAACAUUUGUAUUGCACCAUUUUAAA